CUCGCAUGUCGUAGCAACGACAGUCGUUACAAUACGUAUAGUUCUGUUUCAUUCACCGCGUCCCCGCUGUCAGGUUUAUAAAAGGUACUACAUAAAACUGUUCGUGUCCUGAUAAUUUGAGUAUUUAGUUUAUAGCAGUUCUAGCCAACGUCGGUUGUGGCUAAACUCAUAGUGUUCAGGAUUACAGAAAACAGUAAAGUUAAAGAAAAAAAACAACAUUUUUCAAUGACUGAAAAUAAAAUGGAAGAAACAAAGGAACAGAAUAAGCUUGACCAGCGCUACAGUCUUGAUAAUACAAAAAAGUUGGGAAUUGCCGGUAUUUAUAUAUUGCCUAGCGAAAACGAGGAGAAAACAAUAAAAGAAGCACUUGAAAAAGACGCUGAAGAUUUUGAACCGGUGUUAGACAAAUUGGGAUUCAGCGUUAAUAUUUUUAACGAGAGUAAAGAAGCAGGAUCAGUAGCACAGUGUCUAAAAAAACACGCAGAUGGCGUACAAGAAGAAGACCAAUGCUUCUUGGGUAUGUUUAUUGGUCAUGGGUCCCCAGGAACAGUAGAAUCACGUCAUGGGUCUCUUGGAAUACACAGCAAGAUUAUUCCUAUGUUUGCAAAAAUAGAAUGGCUAAAGGGAAAACCGAAGAUAUUUGUUUUUCAGGCGUGCAGAGGUGCAAAGAUGUGCAUUGGAAUGCCUACUGUAACUGGUGCUCUUGCAUUGGAAGAAUUAAAAACCGACUGUUCAGACAUUCUUCUCUGCUAUGCUUCUUUCCAUGGCUUCGUAUCUUACGGCGGAAACUCAGACAAGCCCGGAACUCUGUACCUUCAGAAAUUCAAGGAAAUAUUGAAAACGUUUGCCGAUGGAAACAACAGCUUGGUCGAUAUUUUGACCAGAUUAAACUCGGAAGUGAGGGCUAGCGCCGAAAUAGCAAAGGCGAUUCAAAUGCCAUCGUUUGAAUCCUCGCUGCGGAAGAAGAUAUGUCUAAAAUAUCAAAACAUGGACAGAGCUCCGUCAGGGGAUACUGAAGAAUAAUGAUUUAUAAAAUAUAAAGAAAGUAAAUUGCAUCAAUAAAAAAAACUGUAUUUUUCAA